AUGUCUGCUUCAACCAUCUUGAACAGCAAUGGUUUUAACCAACACACGGAUGGCCUUGAAGUAGCUUCCCGAUUCAAGGACCUCAUCGUGGGAAAGACUGUCCUCAUAACCGGUGCCGGAGAAGGAGGACUAGGCGCUGAAGCCGCCUUUUCUAUCGCCUCAGCCUCUCCAGCUCUUCUGAUCCUCCACGGGCGUGCCGAGGAGCGUGUCAAGCCAGUCGUUGAGAGGAUUACUGCCGCCUUUCCAUCCGUCAAGACUCGCAUCUUUCUCAUGGACCUCGACUCUUUGGCUUCUGUUCGAAAAGCAGCGGCCGAAGUGGCAUCAUGGGAAGACGUGGCGAUCGACGUGCUAAUCAAUAACGCCGCAGUGAUGGCAGCUCCAUAUAGCACGACGAAAGAUGGAUUCGAGAGUCAAUUUGGAGUAGGCCAUCUUGGCCACUUUUUAUUCACCUGCCUGCUAUUGAAGGCCAAUAAAAUCAAGAGUGGUGGGCGGAUUGUGAAUGUGUCGAGUGGUGGGCAUAGACUUGGCCCAGUCAGAUUUGAUGACCCCGGCUUCACGAACGGAACCAAAUACGAGAAGUGGGCUGCGUACGGCCAAGUCAAGACAGCGAAUAUGCUCUUCUCAAUCGCGCUAGCCGAACGUUUGAAGGACCGCAAUAUCCUUUCCUUUAGUCUCCACCCCGGUGGAAUCCAUACCAAUCUCCUCCGUCACCUAAGCCAAGAAGAUUUAGAGAAUCUCAUCAAAUCUUUGAGAGAGCGUGAACCUGACUACGAGUUCAAGACGCUACAACAAGGAGUCUCGACGCACCUCGUCGCGGCCUUUGACCCCUCUAUAGCUAAACACAACGGCGCCUACCUCUCGGAUUGCCAGAUUGCACAGCCUUUGCGACCAGACGCCGGUGAUCCGGAAGAGGCGCGGAAGCUCUGGACUUUGUCUGAGGAAUUGGUUGGUGAGAAGUUUUAG